UGUGUCGUAUGUUUAGGGAGAAUGCUUUACAGGAGUCUUACAAGUGUGCAAAUGAGUAAAUCAGUGAAUUACACUGCCCCAUCUGCUGCCAGACACUAAGCAGAAAGAAAACCAGAUUUAGUACAAAGUGAGCAUUUACAGUAGCCCUGGGCAAUAUUAAAGCAUGAUAUGGUGUAUAUAAUGGUAUGUUUCGUUUUUUAUCAAACGUUUGUCCAAGAAAGCUGUGUAUUAAAGCUUCAAUACCUAAGGGUUUUCUUGUGAAUUUUAAAUCAUGCUCCUAGUUAAACCUCAAAAGGAUCUGUGGAUGGAAAGGUUUUUUGAUUUUCUUUGAAGUGGUUUGAAGAAGUUGAUUAGUGUUGGCACCCGAGCACUCUUUUAUGACGCUGUUUAUAAAUAAUUCCUAAGUACCGGGCUGGAGUUUCAAGGUGUUAGAUUAAAAAAAAACCCUAGGAUUUAAUCACAUUACAUUUGAAAGAAAUUAGGUGAUAAAAACAGCUGAUGUAUCCUUUUAAAGUAUUUUUCUACAUUGUGUACUAGUUCUGUUGCACUUGCAAGAACCAAUAAGGGGGGAGUUUUUCUUAAACCUUCUAAGUCGGAUAACUUUGUAAAGAUGAAUCUGUAAUUUGGAUUUCAUGUCUGUUUAAAAAUUGCACCUGCCCAAUAACUGUUAAGUGCAUGGAAGGCCUCAUAAAAAUACAUUUCACAUCCUUCCCUGUCUGCUGCCAUCAGACACUGUAUCUCCCUUGGUUAUCAAGAGCUGAAGAGGUUUUUGGCUCCAAGAAUCUGUGUACUUGGUCCCCCUGCUUCUGGGAAAACUACAGUGGCGAUGUGGCUUUGUAAACAUUUUGAUGCCAUACGUAUCUCUCAGGAGACUUUGUUAUUCAAGGAAAUAUUAGCGCUGACAAAGGAAGCAAAGGCAUGUAAAGAAAGAAAACAGAAAAUUCCCAACGCGCUUUGGGCCAAUCUGAUCCAGGAACGUCUGUCAAACGUGGACUGCAUCAAACAAGGAUGGAUUUUGGAAGGCUUCCCUGAAAAUCAGGAACAGGCAUGGAUGCUGCAAUCAUCUGGCAUCAUUCCCAGGCAUGUUGUUGUGCUUUAUGCUCCAGACACUGUGCUGAUUGAGAGGAACAGCGGGAAAAGGCUUGAUCCCUUCACAGAAGAGGUCUACCAUACGACCUUUAACUGGCCAAGUGAUCUGCUGGUACAGCAACGUUUGGUGGAACCAGAAGAUCUAUCUGAACAGGAGAUAUCAAAGAAAUUGCUGGAGUAUCACAGAAACUUCCCUGGAGUUUUCCAGAUCUACCAAAAAGUUUUGAGAUCCAUCAAUGCAGACCAGCCUUCUGUGGAUGUCCUCGCACGGGUUCUUACCUACGUCCAAACACGACACCGAUCAGCCGCCCCCUUUACACCACGGAUUCUCUUUUGUGGACCCCCAGGCAGUGGGAAGAGCCUGCAGGCAGCACUAAUAGCUCAGAAAUACAGUGUUGUCAACAUUUGCUGUGGGCAACUGCUAAAGGAAGCUGUUGCAGACAAGACAAAACUUGGAGAACUCGUUAAGCCUUAUAUUGACAGUGGAUACCCAGUUCCAGACAACCUUGUUAUGAAGAUCCUGGCAGAACGCCUAAACACGCUAGACUGCGUGACCAACGGUUGGGUGCUUUAUGGCUUCCCAAGAGACGUAGAGCAGGGAGAACAGCUGCAGAAAUCGCAUAUUAUUCCAAACAGGGUAUUUUUCUUUAACCUCCCGUAUGAAUCCAUCAUGGAACGGUUGUCUCAACGGAGGAUUGAUCCCGUCACCGGGGAAAGAUACCACACUACAUUCAGACCAGCACCCACACCGGAGAUCCAAGCCCGUCUCAGGCAGCACCCUAGAGACAAGGAAGAAAAUAUUGAGAAGCAGUUGGAAACCUAUUACAGGAAUGUCAAGGAACUGGAGGAUUUUUAUGAAGACGCUUUUUAUGUCAAUGCUGACCAAGACCCUCAUGUUGUCUUUGAGUUUAUAGAAAGCUGUAUCAUUAAGCCUCUUCCAUGCAAAAAAUUAAAAAGCUUAUAAUUAAUAAGGAUUAUUUACGGCACAGUUGAUUUUGAACUUUUCCCUAUGUUUGCAGUCCAGUCACUGAAGUGGCAGUUGUCACAAGUGAACAGGCACUCAGCCAAGCUGCGUUAAAUUCGAAGCUCACCAAGGUUGAUCAAAGCAGAGAGUAAAAAAACCUGUAUUUUAUGGGAAAUUGUUUUGGCUCUUAUGUUGUGGUCCAAGGUAUGAAGCACUGUGGCUAGGGAAGUUCCUGUGUUUAAGUCAAGUAUCUUUUUUCUGAUUCUCUGGUUCAGUGAAUAGUUGUUUUGCCUUAACCGUGUAAUACCCACGAAGCCAAUUUGCAAUAUUAAAGCUGUUUGAUGUGUUCGUG